CUGACUGACAUCGUAAUGUGACGUGGUUAAUCCUCCGGGACAAAAACAAAUAUUUUACAGCGUUUACUGAUUAAAAAGUAGACUUCUGUACUGCGGAGAAGUGGUGUACAAAAGUCAGGCAGGUUAAUUUUUUUGUUUUUUUGGGUGGCGUUGAGACACUGAAAGCUGUUAGCAGCUUAGCAACAGGAAGCAAAAGCACAGGCUGUGGUGUGCACAUGUGCAAUACUGAGUUCCUGUCUGUUGCUGUACUCGUCCUCAGGAAAACAGUGUUACAAAGUAUGUGCUGAGACGUUACCAUGUCAGACGUUGAAGAUUCUGGUACAGUGAACAAGGGUUCAGAGGCCGUACCAGAGAUGACUGAUGCCUCCUCAGUCAACACAUCUGAAAGCCCCUCACUAACAAUGCCUGAUGACAGCUCCCCCGAUACACCAACAGAUGUAGCUCCCACAAGGAAAGCCAAGAGGAGGCCAGAUGUUACAACUGAAGCAGAUGUUCUGGGGACACCAGAAUUAGAGGAGCAGCUGGCAAAGACAUCCAUUGAAUCCAGUGUGGCCCAGGGCAGUUGGGGGUACUGGGGAAACUGGGGGAAGUCGAUCAUAUCCACAGCAACAGCAACUGUGGCCACUGUAGGCCACGGUCUCACCCAGGUGAUAGAGAAGGCUGAGACCUCACUGGGAAUUCCCAGUCCGACUGAACUGUCAGCACGUGCUGAGGAAGAGCAGAAACAGUCGGGCGAGGUGGGUAGUGAGACGGACAAAGUAGAGGGAGAUAGCACUUCAGCAGUCGGUGGGGCAAUAGGAAUGUUGUCAUCGCUCACUAGCGUUGUCCAGAGCACAGGAAAGACAGUAAUAAUAGGCGGUCUGGAUGCUCUGGAGUUCAUUGGGAAGAAGACUAUGGAUGUGAUUGCAGAAGGUGAUCCUGGGUUUAAGAAGACCAAAGGACUGAUGAACAGGAAUGCCACACUGUCUCAGGUGUUACGGGAAGCGAAGGAGCGAGAGGAGUUACAGGCAGCACAUAACUUGUCAGAUUCAGAGCCCAAACUGGUCGCCCACUAUGGGGUGCUGUUUGAUGAAUUUCAGGGUUUGUCACACCUUGAGGCACUGGAGAUCCUGUCUCGGGACAGCAAGUCUAAGGUGAAGUCGGUGUUGACCACUCUGUCAGGAGACGAGUUGGUUCAACUCAGAGAUGAGCUGGAUGUAAUUAAAGACGCCUUUUCCUUGGUGGAGUUUGACGAUGAUGAUGUGGAUGAGGAGAAAGAUAAAGAUGGCUCAGACUUUGAGAAGGAGUUAACAGAGGCACUGGAGGGACUCAGUGUCUCUGUGACAGCAGACAAACUCAGCAAGGCCUGCAGGAGCACCUAUAGCCACAUUGCUUCCAUAAACAAACCAAAAGAGACUGAAGAAGAGGGAGAGAAUAUUCUCUCUGUAGAGGAAGUUCAUGUUGUAGCUAUCAGCAGCCUGGCAGAACUGACAGCUCGAUCUAUCGAGCUUUUCCACAAACUGGCUGAGAUGAUCCUUUUCUGCAACAGCAGCACCGACGCCAGCGCCGUGUCACAGUUAACUGUUGUUCUGUGUAAAGAAAUAUCACUAAUUUCCAAGAAGUUCACUUCCUGUUUAGCAGCAGCAGGAUCAAACGAGAAGGGAGAUGUCCUCAACCCACUGAUUACUGGAGUCUUCUUGGAGGCGUCCAACAGUGCUUCCUACAUCCAAGAUGCUUUCCAGCUGCUGAUGCCCAUAUUGGAGAUCUCCCACAUCCAGAGGCGAGCUGAGCCCAUCCAGCAGUGAGCAGAUCAGAUAGUCACUGCCAUCAAUCAAUGUUUGGAAAAGCUCACCUUGUGUCAGACACUUUAUACUGUGGUGUUUCCUGCUCAGGACAAAGCCAGCUUCACACAGAGGAAAAGAUGUUGUGGGACAGUAUUAACUUUUAUUUUUUGCUUUCCUUGUUUAUUUGUAAAGCACAGUAAAGGGGAAUGACAGUGUAUUAUUCAAUGUAGUGUUUUUCUCUUUAUUUUUUUAUGUGCACACCAUUAAAGAAAACUUUCUGACAGUA